AACCAUGUGCUAACGGAGGACAUCAUCUUCAGGGAGGUAACUCCCGGUAACCGUCUGGUCUCUAGACGACUGCUGACCAAAACGAACCGCGCCCCUCGCUGGAUGGAGAAGUACCUGCCGGUUACCAUGGCGAGGCACGCCUACAUCAUCGAGGAUUCCAUCGUGGACCCUCAGAACAGAACCAUGACAACGCUGACUUGGAACAUCAGCCACGCACGCAUGAUGGUACGUGUGACCCCACUGGGAUUCAAACCGUGACAGUGUUAGCCCGCUGAGCUAACGCCUAGGUAUUAACACGCAUCAUGGUAUGUGUGACUGCCCGGGGUUUGAACCUGGGUCUCCUGUUGGUCUGUGACUGUGUUAGCCCGCUAAGCUAAAGCCUAGGCAUUAGCUCAGUGAGCCAACGCAAGUCUUCAUCUUUCAAUCUGAAUCUAUUAGAAUUUGAGCAGUAUUUAUCUGGUGGGAGUUCCCCUGAAGUCACUAUGAAGACAUAAACCAGCUCUUAAUAACUCUGUACAUCUCCAGUUCUUAAAUCACAUUAUAGACUCCAUUGCUGUGUAUAUACUAUACGGUAGUCAUAAUAAGGUCUUGUUAUGUUUUGAUUCCCCUGUCAGUCUGUGGAGGAGCGUUGUGAGUACAGAAUUAACCCUGACAACACCAGCUGGACGGAGAUUAACAGAGAGGCCUGGAUCUCGUCCAACCUCUACGGGCUCUCCAGAGCUAUACAGGUGUGUGCAGUUCGAAACCCACCCCGCCAGGGGGAAGUGGUACUGGAAGCCUGGGGUCCCUAGAAAGUCCCUGACUUGACAAUCUUUCCACUGCCAUCUAUGAGUUACAGGAAGGACUGUCGUAAAUGAACCACAAGCUGGCAGUUUGCCUCGUUCAGCCUGUGUAGAAGUUGUUGAAUGAUUUCCUGUCCUGGUAUCUGACUUUGAUAAACCCUCAGCUGUUGUGUUGGCUAAUUUAACUGCCCAGUUGGGUUUACUGGGCUUUGUGAUGGUAUGGCAGAUGGGGAGUGUUGGUCCUGUUGUGUGGUAUGACUGUGGUGACGAGUUAUGGUAUGACAGAAUAGCCUGGUCCCAGAGCGGAACAAUGACUAUAGGAGUUGGUAAGACGGAGCAAACCGAUCUGGAACCAGUGUAAUGUUAGUUAUUGUUGUGUGGUAUGACUGGCAGUGAUGUUAGCGUGGACAUGUUCUUCUGUGUCUCAACAGAUCCCUGUUAGUGAUAACUUUCAUUCAUCUCUGGCCUCACUUCACAGGAAUUCGGCCUUGCCCGGUUCAAGACCAGUGUUACAAAGACCAUGAAAGGGUUUGAAUACGUCCUGGCCAAAAUGCAAGGUAAGAUGGAUGGCAGUAGUUUUAUUACGCUGUAAAAUAAGGUGGGCCGAUCAAUUCAGGUCCUUAUUAUUAGCGGUACUGUGUUUGUGGUGGAGAGGGAGAAACACUUGGAUCAGAUGGAUGAACUGUUGUAGGAGGGUCGUUUUUAUUAGUUCAAUACAGAGAGGGACUGGCUAUACUAUAUAGUUUUACAGUUUAAUGUGCUAUAAAAGGAACAAGACAUGCUGGACUCUAGUCUCAUCAAUUACAAUAAUAUUCAACUAAGGACUACAUUUAAUUCUUACACUAUGAGGUUCAGACUACUGCUGCUUUUCUGGUCUAAACCAGUCCCUGAUUACAGGGGAGCAAUGACACCAUGUUUCCUCUCUCUUCUCUAACCACCAUGUUUCCUCUCUCUCCUCUCUUCUCUAACCACCAUGUUUCCUGUCUCCUCUCUUCUCUAACCACCAUGUUUCCUGUCUCCUCUCUUCUCUAACCACCAUGUUUCCUCUCCCUCCUCUCUUCUCUAACCACCAUGUUUCCUGUCUCCUCUCUUCUCUAACCACCAUGUUUCCUGUCUCCUCUCUUCUCUAACCACCAUGUUUCCUCUCCCUCCUCUUCUCUAACCACCAUGUUUCCUGUCUCCUCUCUUCUCUAACCACCAUGUUUCCUCUCCCUCCUCUCUUCUCUAACCACCAUGUUUCCUGUCUCCUCUCUUCUCUAACCACCAUGUUUCCUGUCUCCUCUCUUCUCUAACCACCAUGUUUCCUCUCCCUCCUCUCUUCUCUAACCACCAUGUUUCCUGUCUCCUCUCUUCUCUAACCACCAUGUUUCCUGUCUCCUCUCUUCUCUAACCACCAUGUUUCCUCUCUCUCCUCUCUUCUCUAACCACCAUGUUUCCUCUCUCUCCUCUCUUCUCUAACCACCAUGUUUCCUCUCCCUCCUCUUCUCUAACCACCAUGUUUCCUGUCUCCUCUCUCUCUAACCACCAUGUUUCCUCUCUCUCCUCUCUUCUCUAACCACCAUGUUUCCUCUCUCUCCUCUCUUCUCUAACCACCAUGUUUCCUCUCUCUCUCUCUUCUCUAACCACCAUGUUUUCCUGUCUCCUCUCUUCUUUAACCCACCAUGUUUCCUGUCUCCUUCUUCUUUAAAACCACCAUGUUUUCCUCUCUCUCCUCUCUUCUCUAACCACCAUUUUUUCCUCUCUCUCCUCUCUUCUCUAACCACCAUUUUUCCUCUCUCUCCUCUCUUCUCAAACCAAACCUUUGUUUCCUCUCUUCUCUAACCCCACCAUGUUUCCUCUCUCUCUCCUCUCUUCUCUAACCCAUGUUUCCUCUCUCUCCUCUCUUCUCAAAACCACCAUGUUUCCUGUCUCCCCCUCUUCUCUAACCACCAUGUUUUCCCCCUUUUUUCUCUAACCACCAUGUUUUCCCCUUUUCUCCUUUUCUUCUCUAACCACCAUGUUUCCUGUCUCCUCUUUUCUUUUAACCACCAUGUUUCCUCUCUCUCCUCUCUUCUCUAACCACCAUUUUUUCCCUCUCUCCCUCUCUUCUCUAACCACCAUGUUUCCUCUCUCUCCUCUCUUCUCUAACCACCAUGUUUCCUCUCUCUCCUCUCUUCUCUAACCACCAUGUUUCCUGUCUCCUCUCUUCUCUAACCACCAUGUUUCCUCUCUCUCUCUCUCUUCUCUAACCACCAUGUUUUCCCCCUCUCUUCUCUAACCACCAUGUUUUCUCUCUCUCCUCUCUUCUCUAACCACCAUGUUUCCCCCUCUCUUCUCUAACCACCAUGUUUCCCCUCUCUUCUCUAAUCACCAUGUUUCCUAUCUCUUCUCCUCCAGGUGAGAUCCCCUCCAGGACGCUGGCUGAGCAUGCUACAGAGAGGGCCAGGGAGACGGCUCUGGCAGCUAAAGAGAGAGCCAAAGACCUGGCCUCACAGGCUCACAAGAAACAACAGUAUGUCUGAGCUGCCAGUGUAGGGUGAAGUUGUCCCUAGAUGGUUAGGAUUGGGGCAGGGGAAGCUGAUCCUUGAUCUCUUCCUAGAAACUUCAACCCGGAGCGCGAGGAAGUAGACACUGGCCCCUGUCAGUCCGCCUGGAUUCAAAGACCAUUUCAAAAUAAUUUCAAGUACUUUAUCUGGGAACGAUUGAGCAUGCCUGGCUGGCACAAUGGAACCGCUCCAGGCAGGCUCAAGCAAAUGCAAAAAGUAUUUCAAAAAUGUUGAAUAGUAUUUGAACCCAGGUCUGGUUGUCCCUAACUGCUGGUCCAGAGUCAGAUCUUAUCCACCCCCCUAAUGGUUAGAUUAGAUCUGAUCCUAGAUCUGUGGUUAGGGUUGCAAAAUUCCGGUAACAAAAAUUACCAGAUUUUCCAGAAAUUCCAGUUGAAAGAUUCCCGGACCAGGAGGGAAUAAGCAGGAAGUCCGGAAUCCUCCAACCAGGAUUUAUGGAAAACCUGGGAAUUUUGUAACUCUUAGGUGUUGACCGUGAUCCGAGGGAUGUACCAUUACAGUUAAAGCCAAUUUAUGCUGGUGUUGAAAAUGUGGUCGGAAGGUAUGGAGGGCAUGCAGAGGCCAAAUCAAGCUCCCUACCGCAUCGCUGAGCACAUCCCAAAACAAUGCAGAGGGCUCCGUUUCGUUCCGCAUCGACGGUAGGUGAGGGGCGGGAGGUCCUGCAUAAACACAAACUCACUUCCUUGACAACUUCCUUCACAACAGGUCUGCAAGUUUGCUCAGACUUCUGCAGAGGCAGCAUCACAGUAAAUAAUGUACACAGUAAAUAAUGUACUGCACCCUUGACCAGGGUGGUACCCUAUUCCCUAUAUAGUGCACUACUGUUGACCAGGGUGGUACCCUAUUCCCUAUAUAGUGCACUACUGUUGACCAGGGUGGUACCCUAUUCCCUAUAUAGUGCACUACUGUUGACCAGGGUGGUACCCUAUUCCCUAUAUAGUGCACUACUGUUGACCAGGGUGGUACCCUAUUCCCUAUAUAGUGCACUACUGUUGACCAGGGUGGUACCCUAUUCCCUAUAUAGUGCACUACUGUUGACCAGGGUGGUACCCUAUUCCCUAUAUAGUGCACUACUGUUGACCAGGGUGGUACCCUAUUCCCUAUAUAGUGCACUACUGUUGACCAGGGUGGUACCCUAUUCCCUAUAUAGUGCACUACUGUUGACCAGGGUGGUACCCUAUUCCCUAUAUAGUGCACUACUGUUGACCAGGAAGCAUUUCUCCUGUCUGUUGUAGUUCCUUUCCUUCAUAUGGUCUGUUUCUCACGCUGUAGAUGAGACUGGCUACAUAUCUUCAUUUACAUAUCUUCAUUUACGUUUGUGUUUUAGGCUUACGAUUG